GAUUAGCAUAAAUCACUCUUCAUUCUUCGUGGGCAACAAUGUACGCCGGCGGCGAUUUGCAUAGAGGUUCACAGAUGCCACCACCACCGAUGAUGCGGCAGUCGUCAGCCGCUUCCUCUAACAUCAAUCCGGACUACCACCACCCCUCUGGCCCCUUCGACCCAAAUGUAGACAGUUUUGGGGCGAAACGAAUGAGAAAACAUACACAGAGAAGAGCUGUUGAUUACACCAGCACCGUUGUCAAAUACAUUCAGGCUCGAACAUGGCAGCGAGACUCAAGGGAUAGGACCUCUUUACAACCAACCCCAGCUGCAGCAGUGGAUAUGCUUCCCACAGUUGCCUAUUCAGAUAAUCCUUCAACAAGCUUUGCUGCAAAGUUUGUUCACACAUCUCUAAACAAGAACCGUUGUUCAAUCAACCGUGUAUUGUGGACACCUUCAGGACGACGUCUUAUCACUGGCUCCCAAAGUGGGGAGUUUACCCUUUGGAAUGGGCAAUCUUUUAAUUUUGAAAUGAUUCUUCAGGCACAUGAUCAACCUAUAAGGUCGAUGGUAUGGAGCCACAAUGACAAUUAUAUGGUUUCUGGUGAUGAUGGAGGCACAAUAAAGUAUUGGCAGAACAAUAUGAACAAUGUGAAAGCCAAUAAAACUGCUCACAAGGAAUCAAUUCGCGAUUUAAGUUUCUGUAAAACAGAUUUGAAGUUCUGCUCGUGUUCUGAUGAUACGACUGUUAAAGUCUGGGAUUUUGCCAAGUGCCAAGAAGAAUGCUCAUUGACCGGCCAUGGUUGGGAUGUCAAGAGCGUUGACUGGCACCCCACAAAGUCCCUACUAGUUUCUGGUGGAAAAGACCAACUUGUCAAACUCUGGGAUACUAGAACUGAGAGAGAGCUUUGCUCACUUCAUGGUCACAAAAACAUAGUGCUUAGCGUGAAGUGGAACCAAAAUGGCAAUUGGCUUUUAACGGCCUCGAAAGAUCAGAUAAUUAAGCUGUACGAUAUAAGGACUAUGAAGGAGCUUCAAUCCUUUCGUGGGCACACGAAAGAUGUAACUUCUUUGGCGUGGCAUCCCUUCCAUGAAGAAUAUUUUGUCAGUGGGAGCUCUGACGGCUCCAUUUGUCAUUGGAUUGUGGGGCAUGAAAACCCGCAGAUUGAAAUCCCAAAUGCUCAUGAUAACAGUGUUUGGGAUCUUGCAUGGCAUCCUAUUGGAUAUCUUCUUUGCAGUGGUAGCAACGAUCACACAACCAAGUUUUGGUGCAGAAACAGGCCUGCAGAUAAUCCCCGAGAUGUCCUUAUGCAGAACCAAGGCUAUAAUGAACAAGGUUUUGGUAAUCGCGAGACUGAUAAUUUCCAACCAUCUGAGGCAUCGCCAUUUCCUGGAGCCUUUGUGCCUGGGCUGACACGGAACGAGGGGACCAUCCCAGGAAUUGGAAUAGCAAUGCCAUUUGAUGCAUCCUCUCAAGGGGAACAUAAACAGCCUCUUCCAGGUUCCAUGGCACUGGGAGCUCCUCCUCUGCCACCUGGUCCCCACCCAUCGCUUCUUGGAAGUGGCCAGCAGCAAGGGUAUCAGCAACAACAACACCACCAAGGUCAUCCCCAGCAAAUGCCUCCAAUGCCCAAUAUGCCUCACCAUCAGCUACCACCAUCAUCUCAUAUGCCAUUGCACCCUCAUCAUCUUCCCCGGCCUAUGCAAAUGCCUCCUCACGGUCACAUGCCACCUUCCUCAAUGCCUAUGUCUCAUCAGAUGCCUGGAUCAAUGGGAAUGCAAGGUGGCAUGAAUCCUCAGAUGUCGCAAAGUCAUUUUAUGGGUGCUCCUUCAGGAGUAUUUCAAGGACCACCAAGCAAUGGUGGACCCCAAAUGUAUCCCCAGGGACGUGGUGGUUUCAACCGUCCACAAAUGAUUCCAGGCUACAACAACCCUUUCCAACAGCAGCAGCAGCCGCAGCCGCCUUUACCUCCCGGCCCUCCACCAAACACCAAUCAGCAACAUCAGUAGGCAACCCUUGUAUUAGUACAUACAUAUCGUGUUUGUAGACUUGACCACUUCUUGUAAGGAGUUGGUUUUAAGAUGAUUCAACGCUGUGCAAUGGUUUUACUAAUGUUUUGAUACUUUAUGUGAACAAGUUCCCUUUAGAGAAGUUUUUAGUGGCUUCACAUGUCAAAUACUCGAGUUUGGUUUCGUUAACCCGACAAACUUCUAAGAACAAUACUUUCGUUUUGGAGACUUUUAUUUUUUAAAUGAAGAUUGAUGUCUCUA